UUGAUGCUAACAAUUUAGUGCUGAGUGGUCAACAGUGUGACCUGGUUGUGUGAAUCAUCUGCACUUGCUGUCAUUGUGACACUGUGACCUUGUGUACAUGGGUCCCUCUCCGUUAUCCCAACAACUGGACCACCUCAGAGGCAUGGAGUGUGAGUAACAAACACCUAUCAACAUGCAGGAAUCCGCCAGCUCCUUGGCAAUGGAUGGGUACUGUAGCAAUGUGCCAGCUUUCCUCACCAAGCUGUGGACAUUAGUGGAGGAUCCUGAAACCAGCCAUCUUAUCUGUUGGAAUGUGAAUGGAACCAGUUUCCAUGUGUUUGAUCAGGGAAGGUUUGCCAAAGAGGUGUUACCCAAGUAUUUUAAGCACAACAACAUGGCCAGUUUCGUGAGGCAGCUGAACAUGUAUGGGUUUAGGAAAGUGGUGAAUAUUGAACAGGGUGGCCUGGUGAAGCCGGAACGAGAUGACACUGAAUUUCAGCAUCUGUACUUCCUGCAGGGACAUGAGCACCUUCUAGAACACAUCAAAAGGAAGGUUUCGGUAGUGAAGAAUGAGGAGACAAAACUUAGGCAUGAGCAUGUCAGCAGGCUCCUGUAUGAGCUUCAGACCCUUCGAGGACAACAGGAGAGUAGCGAUUGUCAGAUGCAAGACAUGAAGCAGCAGAAUGAGGUGCUAUGGCGUGAGGUUGUCUCACUCAGACAGAACCAUUUGCAACAGCAGAAGAUAAUAGACAAGUUAAUGCAGUUUCUAUUUGGACAGUUACCUCCAGGACCAACCAGCACUGGGAUAAAGCGAAAGAUGCCAUUAAUGUUGGAUGAUGGAAACUCUACCCUCCCACUGUCUAAAUUCAGCCGCCACCUGCCAGUAAAUGCUCUUCAUGAUCCUUAUUACAUCCAAUCGCAAACAAUGGGCUCCACGUCAGCUCUGAACAGCCCUGCUCUUAGUGCCAGCCCAAUCAUAUCAGAUGUGACAGAUGCUCCACCCACUAAUGCAGUUAAUGGAUCACUCUAUUCAGAUGGAGAACGGAGUAAGUGCUUGCUGAUGAUUAAGGAGGAACCCAUCAGUCCCAGUAUCAAUGGGUCAGCUGGGCAGGAGAUGUCUCUGGACAACUGUAGCAUUUGCACAGAUCCACCUGUUCUCCCAGUUGCAAUGGUUCAGUCUAUAUUGGAAGGAAAGGAAAGCUGCAGCCCCCCUCAGAUGUCAACAUCCCAGCAGAUGGAGGAGCAGAGUAGAACAAAUCCACAGGAGAGGUCUGAGAUGCCAGACUCCUUGGAUGGAUCUGAAGUUAGUUUGGAGGGGUUGCAAUUACUGCUGAGGAGUCAGCAAUACAAUAUCGACUCUGCUGCUGUCCUAGAUGUGUUCAGCUCUGGCCUGUGUGUGAGUGAGUGGAGUCUUCCAAAUGUGGACACAAGCUCAUCACCGAUGCAGCAGCUUGCCAUAAAUCUAGAGAAAAAUGUUUCUGACCAUCCACCAAAGGGACUGAAUACACAGUUUACCAUCACUUGUCCAGAUGAAAUGGCUAAUAUGGCAGCAUCCUCCUCUCUAUUUGCUGCUGAAGAAAAUGUAGUGUCCUACCUCUCUUCGGGUGAUCUUGCAGAUGAGACUUCCCUGAACUUACAGCAGCCAGAUGAGCAGAACGAGUGAUGCAUUUAUAUGGAUUCAUACAUAUGUCUCACUUUUACAGUAUGCCUUCAUGAACUGCAAGUUAAAGAGGGCAAAUAAACCUGCUGCAAUGUGUAGUUAUACACAGGGCUGGAUUUAUAGAAAGGAAUGUUCAGAGGCAGUAAACUCUUUGCACAUGUUGUAGAAGGGAGAGCGUUACUGUAUUUACAUAUUGCAAUCCCUGUUAAAGACCUGUUCCUAGACAACAAACUACAGAUGGAUUCAGAGAUUUUAAGGGAAACAAGCACUGCUUGGUGUUUAGAAUAGUGCUGCAUAUUUUAUUUAAGGUAUACAAGUGCAAUAUUGAUUACAAUGAUUAUUUAUAUUUACAGGUUUCCUAUAAUAAUUUUUGUGUAUUAAGGUGGCCAUACACAGGCCGAUAAAAGCUGCCGACAGACUGAGUCAGCAGGUUUAUUGGUCGGUGUAUGGGGCCCUCCAACGGGCUUCCCCAAUCGAUAUCUGGCCAUAAAUUGCUGGGAGUUGAAGAGGACAAGUCUGAAAUUGAUUUGCUAUUAUUUACCUAUUUCCUCUUGUUUUGCUAUUUGGUGGCUCUUUCCAAAUUUACAUCCUCUCCAACUUUCGACUUGAAGGAUUCAGUAGAAUAUGAUGCUAAUCAGAGUAUAGUGGCAAAUGUAAUAAGCCCUUUACUCCUGGGUUGAGUUUUUUAACACAAGUACCAGGACUAUUUUAGUUAGUAGCUCUCAGUUGUGCAGGGGGUCAUUUACAGUAGCAGUAUGAUACCAAUAAAGCUAAUAUUUCUUCACCAAUACUUGUACAAAUGUUAUCCCUGAAAUAGGGAAUAACCAUGAAAUUUUGUAUUGAAAACAACCAUGACAUGUUGCAUUGAAUGCAGAAGCACUGUGCACACUGGUGUGAAUGACCCUUUAGAGCGCACUGAUGGCAAUAAAUGCACUGUGGGCAUUACACUUUUGAUUUGAGGUGUUUUUACUUAUUCUGUCCCUGCUAUAUUUUGUAGUAGAAUCAUUUUCAUCAAUAUGGGUGGGGGGGGGGAAUAUAAGUGCAGUACAUGCACAUAUAUGAAUGUAUGCAAAGAAAAGGAUGCAGGUAUUCCGCAUGUCACAUGAUGAGAACAAAUCUGAUGCAUAAGUGAUAAGUGUAGGGGCCUGCAAUCUUUUGCACAGGGGUUUUAUUUUUUUCCUUGUGGCCUUGCAGUGAUUACUUCCGCCCACAGGCUUUUAUUAAUUUGCUCUUUUUGAAAUCAAACCCCAAUGAAGGAAUGUAGGGGUACAAUUGAAUGUACUAAAUAACCUGCCAUGGGUCACUGUGGUAUCUUGGAAAUGCUGGCAUUUAUUUAUUUAUUUUUGUCUAUAGUGAUUAAGGCAGAUAUAGAUAUAUCCAUUUGUUUUCUUUACAAAGCUGAGCUUUGUUUUUAUUUUCUAAAUAUAUAUUUAUAUACAGAUAUUAAAAUGUGUGAAUGCAUACACUACAUACUGUAUAAACUAUACUAAACUACUGUCACACCAACCCUGACCAUCUGGGCUUCUAUUUAUGACGCCUCGAUUUUCUCUGCCCGCGUUUUGGGAAUACUUGAAUUUUUAGAGGAAAAAAACCCUUGCAUUUUUAGAGAUUUAUUAUACCCCAAAGC